UAAAAUUAGACAGUGUAUGACAUCAUUUUAUAAGAUAAUGAUAUAAUUUUACGCAAUUUACUUUAAUUAUUUGCUUGUUUUCUGGAGAAAUUAUGAAGAAGGCAGAUGAAGAUCAACCUUGUUUCAAGCGCCGAUAUUAUAUUUCAUUUAUAGGAUUCCUAACGUAUCUCAUCAUGAAUGCUCAUCGAAUGAGCAUAAGUGUCGCCAUAGUAGAAAUAGUGAAUCCUCCAACCCAUAGAAACCUUCCUGUUCCCCAUGUUUUGAAUGCAACACAGGAAAUACUUCAUCAGAGUUCCCAAAGUGAAGUACAGACCACAGUAAAAUAUGACUGGAGCCCUCAAAUGCAAGGCAUUAUUUUAGGUGCUGGAUUCUUUGGAUAUGUUUUAACACUGACAGUUGGAGGAAAACUAGCAGAAACGUUUGGACCCAAAAUCGCACUUUUUAGUGGAACAUUUGUUUCAUCUUUCACGACUUUGAUCACUCCUUUAACGCCAGCAGUACAUGUUUACUUUUUGAUAUUCAUUCAAUGUGUUCGAGGAAUUGCUCAGGGGUUUAUGCUGCCAGCGACUAGUGUCUUAUCAGCAAACUGGUAUCCUAAAGCUGAAAGAGGAUUUCUGGCGGGUGUUGGACUUACAGGAUAUCAGCUAGGACGUUUAGUAGGAGGAGUCCUUUCAGGGUUGAUCUGUGACAGUACUUCGAUGGGAGGGUGGCCUUCAGUGUUUUACAUUUUCGGAAAACAUUCAGAAAAAAUGUACAUGAGAGGAAAACUCAUCAAGUUUGGAUUCAAAGUAUGGGUUCUUGCUUCUUCUCAGGGAUAUCCUUACAAUUUACAAGUACGUUGGAAAAGAUGCUGCAAUUGA